CACAGGGAAUGCAGAGUAAUUCCUGACGAGCCGAAGCACUCAGACCCUGCUUUAGGCUGUCAGAACUGUUUAGAGCUGCUGUGCAAACUAACUACUGUACGCAGAAACCAGGGAUAUUAUAUCACUGGUGCCUGAUCAAAAAGUGUAUUUACAUGCAAACCUAGUUUCACAGUUUUUACUGGAGUUACUGCUGAUGACAUGGUCAUGGUGAACGAAAAAGUGGCUCACCCUCAGGACCCCCACAAGCCAACAGAAAAGCCAGCCAUCCACUGUUUCAAAUGUGGAGACCCAUGUAAAGGACAAGUACUACGUGUCCAGUCCAGACAUUUCCACCUCCAAUGCUUCACUUGCAAAGUUUGUGGCUGUGACUUGGCCAAAGGUGGAUUUUUCAUGAAGAACAGUGAUUACCUUUGCACCUUGGACUACCAGCGACUGUAUGGAACUCGUUGCCAGGGCUGCAGAGAGUUUGUGGAGGGAGAAGUAGUCACAGCAUUGGGAAAGACCUAUCAUCCCAAAUGCUUUGUUUGCUCCAUAUGCAAACGCCCGUUCCCAGCAGGGGACCGUGUGACUUUCAAUGGAAAGGAUUGUCUGUGUGAGCACUGUGCCCAGCCAAAGUCAUUGAGUCCCAAAGAGAUUGUCAGUAGCAGCAAUUGUGCAGGCUGUGGCAGAGACAUUAAAAAUGGACAAGCUCUACUGGCUCUUGAGAGACAGUGGCACCUGGGUUGUUUCAAGUGUAAGGCCUGUGGGAACGUUCUUACUGGAGAGUACAUCAGCAAGGAUGGUGCUCCCUAUUGUGAAAAGGAUUAUCAGAGUCUAUUUGGUGUGAAAUGUGAAGACUGUGGCAAAUUCAUCACUGGAAAGGUCUUGGAGGCAGGUGACAAACAUUAUCAUCCGAGUUGUGCACGAUGCAGCAAAUGCAACCAGAUGUUUACAGAAGGGGAAGAAAUGUACCUGCAAGGUUCCACAGUUUGGCAUCCCGACUGUAAGAAGUCUACCAGGGCUGAAGAGAAACAAAGGCCUACACGGUCUUCUUCUGAAAGUAUUUCCUCCAGACCUGGUUCUAGCAUACCCAGCUCACCUGGCCACACAAUUUAUGCAAAAGUGGACAAUGAGAUUCUUGACUACAAGGACCUGGCUGCAAUCCCCAAAGUCAAGGCCAUUUAUGACAUUGAACGGCCUGACCUGAUCACUUACGAACCAUAUUUUGGUGCCACUUUUGAGGAUAGACAUGAACGUCAUAGUAUGGGAGAGUCGCCAAGGACACUUUCCCCUACACCUUCCACUGAGGGAUACCAUGAUGUGCGUGAUCGAAUGGUGCAUAGAUCCUCCAGCCAAAGCUCCAUCAGUUCUCCCAGUUACACUCGUCACUGCUAUACUCCCACUGUGGCUCGUUCUCCACAGCAUUUUCACAGACCUGGCACUGAGCCAUCCAGUGGUCGGAACUCCCCUCUCCCUAGUCGGUCAGAGAGCAGGCCUCUAACACCAUCUUAUGUUCAGGCCCCCAAACAUUUCCAUCUUCCAGACCAAGGGAUUAAUAUCUAUAGAAAGCCUCCGAUCUACAAGCAAUAUGAUGCAGCUGCAAUGGCAGCACAACUCAAGACAGGCGUGGAGAUCAUCAAGUCAUCCAAGUUCCCAGCUGCCCAGGCUCCAGAUCCUGAUCAAACAUCUGAGGUGGAGGCUGACUACUGGCCAGGUUCAGGUACCAUAGGAGCAGAUAGGAGGCGGGGGAGUGAACGAGAAGAGGAAGAUGAGGAAAAGCUCAGACGUCGACAACUCCAGGAGGAGCAACUUAGCAAAAUCCAGUCAGGCCUCGGGAAGCUGAUCCUGAAGGAAGAGUUGGAAAAGGAGAAGCAAGCCCGAUUAGCAUCUCAAGCUCUCUCUGCUGACGUCCAGUUCAGACAUCGUUAUGAUUCUGCAGGGAAUGCAUCUCUGCAUGCUUCUGCAUCCAAAACAUCUUCCCUCCCUGGUUAUGGAAGAAAUGGGCUACAUAGGCCACAAUCCACAGAUUUCACACAAUACGACAGUUACAGUGACGUAGGAGAAACUGUCAGAGGUAGAAACGCUGGUAUGUUGAUGCCAUUAAGAAGGUCAAAAAAUACGUUAAACCCAACACAGGAUGGAACUGUUCAAGGAACAAGGAUGGACAGGGGAGUUUCAAUGCCUAACAUGCUGGAGCCAAAGAUUUACCCUUACCAAGUACUUGCAGUGACUAACAGGGGACGCAGCAAAUUACCAAGAGAUGUAGACAGAACAAGACUGGAGCGUCAUCUAGCCCCUGAUGUUUUUUACCAUCUAUUUAAUAUGGCCAUCCAGGAGUUUGACAGGCUACCACUUUGGAAGCGGAAUGAACUUAAGAAGAAAGCUCACCUCUUCUAGUCAACAAAAUGCUUGAUGGAAAUGGGUGACCGCAGAGGCCAAAUAGCAAAGUAAUAUUUUGUAAGGGAAGCAUUAUGGAAGUUAGCAAAAUCCCUAUGCUAAUGCAGAUGACCAGUGCAAGGUCAGAGAAAUUGACAGUUGUAUAAAAGUUGCGAUAAUUUUCACCUGAGAAUUCUAUUGCAAUUUCCUUAAUAACAUUAAUGACAGUAAUAUCAUUUCUUGUUAAACAAUAACUUUCUCUGACCUUUCUAGAGUUAUUAUAGAUUGGUUAUUGUAAUGAAUUGGAUAACAAAUUUUCUUUUAUAAAUAAUUUGAAUACUGUGCUUUGGAAGCAUAUUUAAAUAUUUAGCCAUACUACUCUAAGCAACCUGCAGCAACCAGUGUUGUAUGCCUUGCACUGUGAAAGCCUGGGUUUGUGGAUACAAGAGGUGAGGGUUUUAAUUUGGAGUUGGUUUGUACAAAGUUGUGCUUUGGAUUUUAUUGCUUGAAAACUUCUACACUGUGUGCUGUCGUUGAAAAGAUGUAUGUACAGCUGCUAUACAUAAUAGUCAUGUCAGAGAGAAAUAUACAAGAAAAAAUGACAAGAGAAAUGUGUUCAGAGUCAGCAGUUCAGGUUCAUGGAGAAAUGAUAAAAUGACUUCAUAUCAGUGUGUCACUUCGUUCAUUUGUAUUGAAAACAAAACAGGAAAUGUUGAAAUUAUUGCCCAGAUAUUUUGUGUAUCACGUUAUUACUUGUGUCUGUACUUGCCUUAAUGUUAUAAAUUGUCACUUGCAUCGAUUCCCUGAGUACCACAUCAGUCCUUUAUUAUUUUGUGCGUUGGGACAUUGCAAGUGUCAUAAAUGACUAUUUCAUUUGCUUAAGUACUUUGAAUAAAUGGGCCAGUUUUCAUAUCAUUCCCAGCUGAUCUGCAGUUAAGAGCCUAGAAAUUAUAGCUUGGGGUUGUAUGUAAUUAUUCUGCACACUGUUUUAAUUGAGGCAGUUACCGUAGCUUACUGUCACUAUUGAAAUAGUGCAGGAUUAAUACAUUAGUGUUAUAUUGUAUAAUUUCGAGACUAAUAUAUUCCCACUUCAUAAAAAAAAGUUACAUCAUCUUUAAAAGUAUGAUAUAGUCUUAUAAGGAUGCUGCAGUGUGCCUGCCAAAGAUCUUAUUUGGAUUAGACCUGAAUGGAUAGGCAAUUCGGUACAGUAUAGAGAGAAAAUUAUUAUAUGUAUAUAUGUACAAACUAUAGCCACAGUUCAAUAGAAACCAGGCAUGGGGAGUUGCUGCCUUAGACUAAGUUUUAACAUGUUGAAGAAUACAAUAGGAUAAAUGAUACAACAGGUAAGCAUUUUAUCCUAUCUGUGUUCCCACCGGGUGCUUUUUUCCAUGUAAAUUAGUUUUGCCCCCCUUUCCUGACAUGAUUCUGAAGUUAUUAAGUAAUUUCCCUGAGACGAUACAUUAGAAUAAUAGAUUACAAUCAGCCCCUUAUAGCAUUGUCACUCAUUGUCUUAGAGGCAAUGGUGAAUUUUCAGUCAGCUUAUAGAACAACUGAAUUAUCUUUUGGUUUUUAAAUGCUUUCACUGAAUAUUACAAUUAAAUAUUCAAUUAUGUAAAUCCAAGAAUUUUCACUGCACCUGAAAAUUAUAUCAUCUUGUGUUUGUAAAAGAAAAAUGUCUUUAAAAAGCAAUUGAAAUUAAUGAACAGUGGAUAAUUCACCACAUGGCUCACCCCAAACAAUAUUUUGUUCCUUCAACCAAACAUUUCAUUUGCAUUUUAAUUUAUCACCAGGUAUUCAAUUGUAGAAUUUGUGUGCAUUUUCUAUAUUUUAUACAUUAUGCAUUUUAUCUAAUUUGAAGUCUUGUUGUAUUGGUUGCAAUUUUUCUCGAUACUGUGGGGUAUAACUUUGUCUUGAGCAGUGAUAGAAAAUGGAUAACAGCAAAUCAACAGCAGGGUUACACUCCACUUGAUAUUCAGUUCCAUGUAGUUUAUGGAAAACAGAAUUAAGCUGAUGUCGAAAUAGGGUGCCCUAAUGUCAGUGCUCAUUUAGUAUCCCUACCCAAUUUAUAUCCCAAAGUUUUGAAGGGUGCACGUGAAAUCAACAUUUUGUGUGUGUGAGACAGUUUUGCAGUGAAGCUUAACCUGCAUGUUGUAAAUUAGGUGUUAAGCUUUGAACUGACUCCAAAACGAAGGAUAGUGAGGCUCACUCCUGCGGGGAGUCUCACUUUGUCACAUACCACUAUAGGUUGAGCUGAUCCUUAAACUUAGGCUAUGGCUCACCGGACAGAAUUUCGUCUACUCUGUAUUUCUUGGUGGAAAUCAGCCAUUAUAACUCACUCCCAGCAGUACCCUGCAUCUAAAGGGAGAAAAGGAAAGUUGAACUUGUACUUCAGGGGUCUAGAAACGGUCAUUAAUCCAAUACUUAUAGAUGAAAAUUAGAUACCUUUAUAUAGUUCUUUCCUCAAUUGCAUAGGAUCUUCAGGCAAGCACUCAACUGCUUCCUCUGUCAUCAGAUGUUAUCCACUAAAUCCUAAGCAAUGCAAUUGGGGGAUGGAUAUUUGGUUGCAGAGAUCUCUGCCACUAUUUCUUCUGCUUUUCUCUUCUUUGCAGGGUACAAAGCAUAGGAAAAUAGGCCUCAUAAUCUGUUGCAGAUGAAACACUGAAAACCGUAUCUGUGUGAUUCUGAUAAUGGGAGUUUGUUAGUGAUAAGUGAUAUGAUUCUUAUAGUCAACAAGUACUUGCCUGCUUGAUAUUGUGUGGAAACUUACAAGAAGUCAUUACAUUUAGAGUUUUAUCUGGUUCACUUGGAUAUGGUGCAAAGUUUUAAAAAUGGACCUAAUGCAAGUUGCCUCCAGAAUUGUAUGUUCAAUUCUGCUUUAUCCCCUCUGUGCUUUUUAAUUGCAACUGCUAGCAUUCAGAUAUCAUGAAGUAUGUAAUUUUUAAAAUAAUGAUGGAAUUUAACACCUGCAGGAAGCGUUCUGAUUCAAUUGGAAGAGUUAAGUGUAGGAAAUGUGGUCAGAUUUUUAAAAGUUGCUUUUCUUUUAGUCUAUCAGUGAAUGCCAUGAAUCAAGCAAAGUGUCAGUGUUUUAUUUAUUGUCUUCGUUCUUUAAAUUAGUCAUACUAGUAUGAAUAAAAAUGUGAAGAAUUAUGUUGACAUUUUUGGCAUAACGUUGGAGUAAUACUCUGCUUAGAGUCACUGAGGCAUGCCGUAUGGUUGCUUGGUAUUAGUUAAUUAACAGCUAAUAUGUGUAGUGCAAUAUGGAGCAAAUAUAGAAGUUAAGAAUUUACAAGCACCAGACUGAGCAUUUUGGUUAAACUGGACUUUGUUAGUUUUCUCAUAAGAUGUUGUAACUGGCAUUUUCACGUAAUGUUCUGUUUAAUAUUUAAAACUCCAGUUUUAAAACACUUUCCUAAAACAAGUUAACAUGUUACAUAAAAUUUACAGCAAGGGAAAAUACCCUUGAGCCCAACUGGUCUGUGUCUGAGUUUAUGUUCCACAUGACUUUUCUCCUUUAUCUAACCCUAUCAGGAGUCUCAUUUCAAUUUCAGAAUACAACUGAAUCAUUUUAAUAUCUUGUGUAAUAUAUAGUGAUGGGAGCUAAUUUGUUUUAUACAGAUUAAGCUUCCAGGGCCACAGUGCUGAGAGACAAGCAGUGUAAAACUGUGACAGAUGUCAAAGCAACUUAAAAAAAAAUGCACUUAAGUCUUUACGAGUUGAUAAUCAUGGCUGUGAACCUAAAUGCCUGUAACAGAAACAAACUGCAACCUGAUAAUUGCCGAAUAAAAUGAAAAUGAUUAGUAAUAAAGUCAGAUUUCAGGGUGAGAUUUCUGACUUCUCACCAAGCAUCAUUGGAGUUGAUACAUAUUGCUGAAACUGAUGGGCUGUCCUUGUAAACACUGAUUACAUUCUGACUAACUUUGUUUCAUUAAACGGAUUGUUUAAUAAAUGAACUUCUGCCUUAUAAAAUUACAUUAAAUGUCAAGGGUGUAUAUUUAUGUAUGUGUAUUUCUACUAUAAAUACGAUUUAUUUUCCUUGAUCUCUCAGUAUCACACCACUGUCCUGGCCAAGAGGUCUUGUUGACGAUCUGCUCAGAACCCAUGGGAAUAUUUCUAUUCAGCCUAUCUCCAUCUCCCAUUUCUAUUUUCCCUUUAUGGAACUCCAUUCCAGUGCCUUCUCAUGACAGUGUGACUGAGACCAUUAACUCACUGUGUGCAGGUGGCUAGUUUAGGGAAAGGCAAAAUUUAACUGGUCCAGUCAAGAGCUCAAAAACUGUUUGAGACAACAUAGUAGAAGCAUUACCUUACAUUUCAUUGUACCAUACCUAAUGUGGGAAGGUGUGAAUGACAAAAAUGUAGCAAUUAUAAUUUUUCCACAAUAAUAUCCUUUGCCUUUAUUUUGACAAGGUUAGUUAAAGUCAAUGGAUAUACUGUAAUAUAUUCAAAUAAAUUAACAGUUACAUUCACCGUUAUUUAAUUGCAUUUAUCAGAGAAAAAGCAUCAUGAGAGAUAAGUUUAUGAAAGCGAUAAGUGCCUUGGUCUUAUAUUUGAUUUCAUUC